CAAGACUAAUGGUCAAAGCCGCACUUGUCAAACCCAAUGCCAAUUCAGAGAAAGUCAUCAGAAAGCAGCUACAAGGGAAACCAAACCAACAUUUGUUUCCACUAUUUCAGCUUAAAUUUCCAAGGGAAAUAUUAUAUUCCAGUCUUAUAAUCUGAUAAUAUCUCUAGAAGGGUUAGUUUUUCUUUGUUCUUAUUCAAAAAACAUAUACCAAUUGCAAACUUAUUAGCAUAUAUAUAUAGAUCUUAUUCACUCAUAUAGUGAUAAUCUUACUUUUUGCAUCAAGAUUCCAGCUUUCUUCUGAUUCUUGAAAAAAGUUUAUAUUUCUAUUUUUGUACUUUUUUCUCCAUAUUUGGCCCUAGGAAAUCCUUAGUUAGCUAACAACUUUGGGUUUUCCAAAUUUGGGGAAAGCUAUUAUAUUCACUGAUAUCUUACUUUCUGCUUCAAAGAUUUCAGCUUCCUUCUGAUUCUUGCAUCUGGGGUCUAGCCAUUUAUCCUAUCUUUGCUGAGCCCUUUUGUUUUGUCUAUCCAAUUCACCCUAAAAAGGGGGUUGGAGUUUUAAAAAAUUGAUUCUUUACAUUUUGUCUAUCCAAUUCACCCUAACUCCGAGCCCGUUAAAAGAGGCAGUGCUCUCUACUCGGUUAAGGGUGGAGGGAUUUCAUUCAACGCAUCACACUUCUUGGUGGUGUGUUAAGCUAAUUUCUUGGAUUCUUUUAUGAUAUGGGAGACUGUGAAGCUACUCUUCCUGUAAUGGAGGAUGAAGAAAAACUGAUUGUAGCUGCACUGCAGAUUGUGAAAGCAUUGGAAAAGAAAAAGAAUUUAACACAUGAUGCAAGAAAAAUUCUGGCUGAUUUAGGCUCUCAAUUGUCUUCCUUGAGUGAAAACAAACCUGAGAAAUUAUUUGGUGAAACUGAAGACACUAUAGAGAAGUUCAGUGAGCUUGAGGAGCAGCUUAACAUAGUGCAGAAUAAGGUGAUGAGCUGGGAAGUGGAUCAAUCUGUUAUAUGGGAUUGUGGCCCUGAAUAUGCAGAUGAUUAUUUGAGGUCAGUGGAUGAAGCUCGAAAACUGAUUGAACGGUUAGAGAGUUUGAAUGUGGAUAAAGAUAGUAAAGAGGAUGAGCUUUUGUGCAGGGCUCAUGAGGUUAUGCUAAUAGCGAUGAAUCGGCUUGAGGAGGAGUUUAGGCACUUGCUUGUUCACAACAAGCAGCCUUUUGAGCCUGAGCAUAUGUCUUUUCGUUCAAGCGAAGAUGAUGAGGGUUCUAUUGUUUCAUUUGGAGAUGACUCAGUAGAGGAUGUGGUUCAAAGAGAUAGCAUGAGUAGGCGCUCAGAGGAAUACGUCGUUGAACUUGUGCAUCCGGAUGUGAUUCCUGACCUAAGGUGCAUUGCCAAUUUGAUGUUCAAUUCAAAUUAUGGUAGAGAGUGCUCGCAAGCAUUUAUCAGUGUUAGAAAGGAUGCCUUGGAUGAUUUCCUAUUCAUUCUUGAAGUAGAGAAAUUGAGGAUAGAGGAUGUGAUGAAGAUGGAAUGGAACUCAUUGAACUCCAAAAUCAGGAGGUGGAUACGGUGUAUGAAGAUCUUUGUGCGCGUCUAUCUUGCCAGUGAAAAAUGGUUAAGUGAUCAGAUUUUUGGUGAUCUUGAUUCAGUUAGUUCGGUUUGCUUUGCUGAAUCUUCAAAAGCUUCAAUACUGCAUCUUCUGAAAUUUGCUGAAGCAGUGGCUAUUGGAUCUCAUCAACCGGAGAAGUUGAUUCGGAUUCUUGACAUGUAUGAGGUGCUUUCAGAUCUUAUCCCAGAUAUUGAUGCUCUGUACUUUGAUGAUGCUGGAUUAUGUGUUAGAACCGAGUGCCAAGACAUCCUCGGAAGCUUGGCUGAUUGUGCAAGAACAACAUUUCUUGAAUUUGAGAAUGCUGUUGCAUCCAGCAUAUCGACGAAUCCUUUUCCUGGUGGUGGAAUACACCCUCUCACGAGAUACGUUAUGAACUACAUGAAAACUCUUACAGAUUAUAGCAAGAUCCUUAAUAAGCUUCUGAAGGACAACGAGCAAGAAGAUUUGGUGGCGAUUUCACCAGAAAUGACACCGGAUAGGGAAGAGGACAACAGUAACAGAAUUUGCUACAUUUCUCCACUGGCUCAACAUUUUCGAUCCUUCACUUCAAUUUUGGAAUGCAACCUAGACGAUAAGUCCAAGUUAUACAAGGAUGAAUCACUAGGUCACCUUUUCUUGAUGAAUAAUAUUCAUUACAUGGCUGAAAAGGUGAAGAAUUCUCAUGAUCUAAGAACAAUACUAGGCGAUGAUUGGAUUCGCAAACAUAAUUGGAGAUUCCAACAGAAUGCAAUGAACUACGAGAGAGCUACUUGGAGCUCCAUCCUUUCGUUACUUAGGGACGAAGGGCUUCAGAAUCCAGGCUCAAAUUCUAUCUCUAAAACUCUGCUCAAAGAGAGACUGCAGAGCUUUUAUCUUGCAUUUGAUGAAGCUUACAAGAGUCAGACAGGUUGGUCAAUAGCUGAUUGCCAACUUCGUGAAGAUCUUAAGAUCUCAAUAUCUCUUAAAGUUAUUCAAGCAUAUAGGACAUUUAUCGGAAGGCACACUAACCAUAUUAGUGACAAAUACAUUAAGUACAGUGCCGAUGACUUGGAGAAUUUCUUGUUGGAUCUCUUUGAGGGAUCUCCAAGAUCAUUACAUGGUUCUCACAGGAAAUGAGCUUAAUGUAUUAAGAGAUUUCUGUCAAAAUGAGAUCAAGAUUUUCUCAUUCUCAAUUUGUUAUUUAGAUUGUAAAUGAUGUCCAUUUUAUAAUAGGUUGAUUGUUUCACUUUUGUAUCUUCCCAAAGUGAAAAAGAUCUCUGAGAGUUAUUUCCCUAAUGUAUUUAUUAACUUUUUUGACAUCAAAA